AGCAGCUGCCAGGCGGUUAUAUCCAGUCGGUGGUGCAGCAGAUCAGAUCCCGGUCUGACCGCAGCUCUGUCCGCACACAAAGCCUGUCUGUCCGUCUUUCUGUACAGACAGUCAGCCAGUGACUCAAGCACACACACACACACACACACACACACACACGCGCGCGCGUGUCACACAUACACACGCACAGUCCGUCUUUCUGCACGGAUACCGCAGACAGGGAGAGACAUGAGCGCGGCGUUUCUUCACGGCCAACAUCCAGAGAGCAUCUGCAGCUGAAAUCUGUGUGAUUUGUCCAUUCAGAGCGGAGGAGGAGGAGGAGAAGCACUGCCGCAGACAUGCCGGGCCUGCUCCACAUCACACUGUCUGCUCUCCUGGCCAGCUGCGAUGCCUUCAGAUUGGGAUCGUUGCAUCGUGCCAUCCCCCUUAGUCCUCCGGUGGCUCGUGUGUUCCAGGACAAAGCCCCAGCCCAGCCACACUUUAUCCAGGAAUUAGUCAGAACCAAACGCCACUCAGUCCAGCAGUUAGUGCGAGUCCAGCCCCAUCUGGUCCAUGACAUGGGCUGGCCCGAGAUACACGAAACAUCCCGAUCUCAGGCCAAGAUGGACUCCACUAACUCCUCCCAGUCAAACCCGCCGCCGCUAGUCAGUCAGGAUGCAGUCAGAAACCGCCCGACUGUGGAUGAAAACCUCAUGGAGAACGCAAUGGAGCAAAUGGUUCAUCUGGCGGUUCCUCUGGACUCCACCGACCCAGACAAGGAGCUCCACGUUGGGCCAGGAGCCGGCGAUGCCUCACUCGAGGCUUCGGGUUUCUACGGGACGGACAUGGAGGACAGAGACAGAGGAGAGGAGGGAGGAGAGGACCGCGAGAGGAGAGGGGGAGAGGACGAGUGGGAGAGAGACAUAGGAGAGGACAGAGAGAGGCAAGGAAGAGAUGAUCAAGAGUUCCAUGUUUUGGAUGCCAACCACACAACUCCAGAUCUGGAUGCUCUGAUUGGCUACAGUCCGUCUUUCUACCUCUCCAGCUCCAACCAGCCCAGCAUCUCCCCUCUGGCCGGGCGUCACAAAUCUAGGCUGCAGGAGCAUCGUGCAUCCCCAGUCCUGGAGGUGGGUCCUUCAGAGAGACAGCUGUGGAAGGAAGAGGCUCAUUCCAGUGGAUACGGCGUCCUUCACUCCCCCGUCACUGCAACCAGUCUGGCAUCUACUGCGAUGUCUGCUGCGCCUGCUGCUGCUGGAGACACUGCAGGAACCAUCAUCCCUGAGACGGACACAGGCACGGACUUCGGACUGCUGGGAAGUUACACAAAAGUUUUGUCUGCAGGUAAGACAGAAGAAGAAGAGACAGAGAGGGAGGAGGAAGAAACGGGUCUGUCACACAAAGGCAUAUUUACCCAGAAUCCCACUGUGGCGGAGGUGGGCGUGGCCCCCAGCAGAGAGCCUCUGCAGCCCAGCGUGGAGGAGGAGGAGCAUCUGCAGGAGCAAGAACACGGGUUCAAAGGGGUUCACCUUCACGAUAGUGAUGAGCUGCAGGAGGAGGAGGAGUGGAGGAAGGUGGUGGAGGAAGAAGAAGACCGAACAGGAAUCAGACGCAGCACACUCACCACAGAUCCGUCUCCCACCAUCGGCUUCACAGACCCGUCCUGGGAAUGGCUGGACAGGACCACGUUGCUGCAGACCCGGAGGUCAGAGGUCAGGGGGGGAGGGGUCACAGAGGCCUUCUUACCGGACAGAGAGUUUGAUGAGAUGGAGGAGGCACGGCAGGUGGUGUGUGUCGACUGGAGCGAGCUGGCCGGUCGAGGAUACGUCAUCCUCAACUUGACGAAAAACGUUAACUGUGAGGAGUUCCGCGUGGACCAGGGCUUGCGGUUGUUCAAGGUGAUAGAGCGAGUGUUCGCUCGGAGGAUGAACAGCCCUGAAGGAUCAUGGGUACUCUACCUCAGCAAGCCGACACACCAGCAGCAACAGCUGCUGAUGAACGUGGCAUCUGAGCGCGGAGUGAUAGAUUCUAAAGAUGUCCUAGUAAUGCUGGGAGAGAUCAGGAAAAGUUUGACUAAGGUGGGCAUCAAGAACUACAGUGCGGCGAAUAGCUGUCAGUCUCGUCCGAGUCAGACUCGCAGCGACUAUGGCAAGCUGUUUGUGGUGCUGGUGAUCAUUGGCUCCGUUUGCAUGGUGAUCAUCACAUCGGGGUUAAUUUACAUCUGCUGGCAGAGACGACUGCCGGCCACCAAGACUGCUUUUCGUGCUGAGGAACUUCACUUUGUGGAGAACGGAUGCCAUGACAACCCCAUGCUGGACGUAACCAAUGACAACCAGCCGGAGAUGCAGGAGAAGAAGCUGAGUACCAAUGGGCUCGCAGGUGGAGGAGGAGGUGGAGGAGGAGGAGGAGGUGGAGGAGGAGGAGAAGGAGGAGGAGGAGGAGAGGAGAGCAGUCGCUGGCAGGUGUUUGUCAAUCAAGCAGUGACUGAGGAGGAAGAAGAGGAGCAGGACACACAUCUCUGAUGGACGAAGAGGAGGAGGAGACAGGUGAUGGAGGUCUUUGAUGGACAGAUGAUAAGUGGAGCCUCAAGGGAUGAAGAAGAAGAAAACAAAAGGAAGAAGAACAGCGACAGAAAGGAGAGAAAAAGGAAAAGUAGGUGGGAGUUGGUGCUGGUUGGUAGUUAAGAGGUAUAAGUUAAGAGGUAUAAAGAAUAGAAGUGUUGUUUAGUCAGAGUAAAGGUCGAUGUGAGGCUCGGAGGGGAGGAGUCACUGACAUCUUUAUCAGACAAGGGGUUUAUAUUAGCUUCAGAUCUAGUCAUGGAAAGACGAUAAGCUACUCUUAAUCUUUGUUAAAUUAAAAGUGAACUUCUAAUCCUCUGGCAGUAGGAAGAAUUAACCUAUGUCCAUAUUCAUCAGAAUCUUUCAAUUCCCCAAUUUCGAGAAAAGUGAAAGAAAAUGCAGAUUAAUAAUAAUUUUUAUCCGUUAUGCAAUUAUUAGCGGUGGCACAGGUUCAACGAUCAGAAAACCGAAAUACCGCUGCAGAAGAAGAAGCGUUAUUAAAAAAGCACCAGUCGAACCUUUAACAGUGAAAAAUAAUGUAGAAAACUUGAUGGAAAUAUGAAUUUUGUAUUUGUUUCAUCUUUUGAUGAAGGAAGGUUAUGUCAGAUCUUUGUGGAUCGACUUUUUAAAUUUCUUCUGCAGAACCUUGCACAUCAGCUAACAUAAAUAUGUUUUUGCAAUAUUUCAAGAUUUCUUUAGAAAUUUGAGCAUUUAUUUUUCAUGUGCAAAAUUGAAAAUGCACAUAAAAACAGGUGGAUGGACAUAAAACUGAUGUUUACUUUGAUUAAAAAUGGUGGAAUGUAACUGAGUAAAUUUGCUCAAUUAUUGCUACUUCUUUUUCUGUGCUCGGAAUGUUUUAACUUUAAUUAUUUAAGAGCUGUAGUGACUGUACAAAUGAAUAUUUUGCAUUCAAAACAUAUGAUGUUUUGUAGUAUAUGAAGUAAUGUUUACAUCGUCUACAACAACUAAAAUGAUAUUUACAGAUGUAUAAUGCAUCUUUAACAAAAAUCCAAAAUCCAUAAAAGUCCUGCUGCUCUAUGGAAUCAGUACAAUCAUAGGUAAAAGUAUGAACUUUUUUGGAAUUUUCUUCAACAAUUCAUUGUCUUGUUGUGCUGAAUAAAAGAGAAAAAGUGCAAGUUAAAUUUCCUUGAUAAAUUAUUAUUUUUUUAAUUGAAAUAUAAUUGAAUCUAUAUAUUCAACACUUUUCCAAGUGCCCACAAGUGUCAUGAAUGUUGUCAGUGCAAAUGCUUUAAUUUUAUAAACAUUUUAAAUGAGACGUAGAAUAAAGUGAUUCUGACUGAAAUAUAACAAUUUUUAGUUUUGUUUUGGUUAUUUUUUCAAAUGAAAACCUUUGCAACUGAUGAUCCAUUCAAAGACCAAAGAUCUGUUCAGGUUUCAGUGAUUGCCCCAUAAAGGGCUAUGUGCAUUUUCCUACAAAUACUCAUAAGAGUCAUAUUUGAAUGUAAGGUUUUACUUGUAAAAGAUGUGAAUACUUCUUCCACCACUGUCGACACACAAGAUUUGUUGUUAAAAAAAACCAAAUCAAAACACAGCAGUAUCGCUGACAGCAGCAAGAAAGUACAUAUUUUGAAACAUAUCAAAAUAAAUUGAAAACAAUUAAAGCCUCUUAGAGAUGUUUGUUGGUUUCACCCCGAUGUCUGAGAAAACAGCGACUCCUCUCUGCUUCUUGAACAGGAAGUACAGCCUGUAGCAACUCUGACAGUAAGGUUUUGGCACUUUAUCAAUUCCUUUUGGAAAAUAGCAACUAUCACCAUUGAAAUGCUGCAUCAUGUUAAAUGUAUUUCAUACAGUGACUGAAAUAUUUCUGUUUUGCUGAUAGGACAGUUGCAACUGCAGCGGAUAUUUGCUGCUCGCUUUACAGCCGCUCAUGUGAUCGAUAUAUCUGUGUCCUUUACGCCUAAUACGCUUUGUUCAAUGCUGUUGGAAUGGCUGCUGCACAUUUAGAGCAAAAGCAUGAAAAACAUACAGUUACAGUGUUAAAGUCCAAGUUGAGCGCCAAGUACACCCAAUCAAAGAACAAAAAUUUUGGAUUCUUUUAAAAUUGGAAUGUGAAAAUAUACAACAAUCUCGUAAAUAACCCAAAAACAUGAAUAAAAUAAAACCACACAAUGAUUAAUAUUACGAUUAAUAAAAUUGACUCAGGCUCUGUUAAUAAAAACUUUAAUUAAUAUUAAGUUUUCCUCAAUGGUUUAAACCCUCAUUUACCUGAGUAUAAUUUCUGUUAAGAAAACUCUUCAAAAAUGAGAAUUGUAUUUACACAAUGACUAUACUAUAAUACUUUCUGUAGUCCAGUCAGAGACAGACAGCUGCUAUCAGCUGUGUCCUACAGUUUCUUUACUUUUAUUCACUUUUUAAAAAAUAUUUUUACGAUUUCUUCCUGUUACAGAUCAUUUUGCCCAUAUGCAUUUCAUCAAGCUGUUGCCUGUGUUUCAGCUCUUUUCUCUGAUGUUUCUCUCGAUGUAACAAUACUGUAUAUGGCUUCACUAUAAACUACACUUGAUGGAUAAUAUGCCCUCUGUCAGCUUGGCAGGAGUGGUGGAGCGUUCAGGACACACAGGAACUGAAUGCCUCCCUGCAUUGUAAAUUAUCUGUUUCUGAGAGCACAAGUUAGCGGUAGCAUACCAGUCCUCUGGUUCUAAGAACAGAUGAGCCUGUAGCUUUCAGCACUGCAGUGAGCUCCGAUAUAACCAAGCAUACAGCUUCUGUUGCUUUUAUCUGCUGAAAGACUGAAUGAGAAAGUUCGACAGUUUGAGACUAACUGUGUUGCUUUUUGUUGUUAGAAAUCAAUUUAACAGAUUCUGAGCAUUUUUCUUUUCAGAAUCUGAUUGCAGCCUCAUGUGUUUUUGCAUUUGUAAGUUAGUGCAAGUCAAUAGACAUUCAGUUGUAGCAAAAAAAACAAGCGAUUCUUUGUCUGUAUGAAGAUAACAAGGUUAGUUUCCUGGUAGGAUUUUGUUUAACCUUUUGUUGAGUUUUUAGUCAUCCAUCCCAGGUAUUUAAUGUUUUUUCAGAUCUUUUUUGUAUGUCCAUUAUAUGCAUUUGUUCUGUCUCACUCUUCUGUUUGUCUGUGUAAUAAAGUUAAAUGUGAGAAAUAAAGUUUGGAGAAAAUGUGA